AUGUCGCUCAACCUCGAGAAGCAGCUCACCUUCUAUGGCGCCUACCACCACAACGCGGUCAACAUCGCCAUUCACAUGACAUGUGUGCCCCUGAUCCUCUUCUCGGGCUUCUGCAUGGCUGCGAACACGGGCACCCUUAUCCCGCUUCCCGAGGCCUUGUCCGUCCCGUACCUCGACCUCAACCUCGGCACCAUCGCCGCCAUAGCAUAUGCCGUACUAUACAUACUGCUUGAACCAGUCGCAGGCACGGCCCUGGGUGCAAUCUGCCUCGCAGCCGCCGCCGCCUCCAACAAGGCUUUGAUCGAGAACCCGACCCAGACGAACCAGAUCGCCAUUGCAACACACAUCGCCUGCUGGCUGCUCCAGUUUCUGGGCCACGGCGCGUUCGAAGGCCGUGCCCCGGCGCUGCUCGACAAUCUGGUUCAGGCCAUCUUUCUUGCACCGCUGUUCGUCUGGCUUGAACUCCUCUUCAAGUUCGGAUACCGACGGGAACUGCAAAGCCGGGUCGAGAAGGCCGUGCAAAUCGAGAUUGCCAAGUUCCGGGCACAAAAGGCAAAGGAUGCUUCAAAGAAUGGAAAGGCACAAUGA